AUGUGUGGGAGAGCCAUGCUUCGGCACGAAUGGGUCGGCUCGACCGGAGUCACGGGUACGGCCUUACAGUACGGGAGAUUUUGUCAAACGAAUCGCCUGAUGGUAACUGAUAGGUGCUGCCUAUGGCCACCCAACGAUACAGCAACACCAAAGGCGUUACGGCUGCGUUGCCGGCCUUAUGGGGAUAAGGGUUUCGGAUAUUUAAGGUUUGAGAAGGGAUGGGGUGAGAGGGAGGGAUUGGAACCUCACUCACACGGCGAAACUCUACGCUGUGGUUAUUUCACGCCAUUCAUUGAAGAGCUGUCGAAGCUUGAGAGUCAGCUCGGGACCUCAGCGCCGCCGACAUCAACCGCCUUGUCCUGCUCCAUCGACCUGCCUACAGAUGUCAUCUCCGAGGCGAUCCUGUCUCCGGAUAAGGCAGGUUCCCUGCUCUCUGUGCAGUCAGCCCCACCGGAACAGAGAGAGCGACCAGCCAGCUUGUUGCUUGAGUUACCAUUAGCAACGCAAGUAGGAGCGUAUCUCUCGGCGAUGUCCCCGACAGAACAAGAGGAGGAUUCCUUACUAACUCUCUCGUCGGUGACUGCGCGCCCUCUGUUGGCAGCGUCAAGAAAACUGCGCCCGCCUCCCGAUUCUUCCGCUGAAAGUACAGCACCUCCUGACGGUGGCUACGGCUGGGUCGUGGUCUUCGGAGCGUUCAUGGUCCAGUUCUGGGUGGCUGGUCUUUUCAAGUCUUAUGGAGUGCUGUAUGUGGAGAUCAUGGAGACGUUUCCAGAUUCAUCCGAAUCUGUUGCCUCGUGGAUACCUGCUGCGCUCUCAACCCUCUGUCUUGCACUGGACUUCAGAAAAAUUAAGCAGUCUAUUUUUGUUCCAGCUCCUCUAUCUUCAGCUCUCUGCGAAAAAUACUCCUGUCGUCUCGUCGUCUUCAUCGGUGGUCUUUUCUGUGCGACUGGAUUAGCGCUCUCCUACUUCAGCCGCGGUCUACUGCAUUUGUUAUUGAGUUUCGGAGUCAUGACUGGAAUUGGUGGUGGAUUGUCGACUACACCUGGUAUUGUGAUCGUCUCCCAGUAUUUUGAUAAGCACAGGGCGUUGGCUAACGGUAUAUGUGUGAGCGGGACAGCAGCUGGGAGCUUCGUCUUUCCAAUGCUGAUUGAGAAACUUGUGGAUAUGUAUGGACUUCAUGGCACUGUUCUAUUAUUAGGUGGUGGUAUGCUACACGUAUGCGUUUCAGCGACCCUGUACCGACCAGCGCCAGUCAGCUUCAACACCUCAGCGCUGGCUGAUCGAACACCAGCCACUACUACCACCACGGAACACACUACGCUCCUACAUGACAUUCAAGAAGAUCAAGGCAUAAUGUUCAAAUCGGACUCCUCGAAGGACAAUCGACUGCAGAGCCUCUUCCAACCUGAUGCAGAGCUGACGCUGAACCAGAAAAACCUGCUCCUCAGCGAGGAUCUGAAGAGGACUAACCUUAUAACGGAGAUCAUGCAUCCUAGUUUGAUUGAGGUCGCUCGACAGCAAAUGCAGUCUCAGCAUUCGGAUUCAGAGGAUUCAGAAGGAUUGGAUGUCUUAGGAGUCGUUGGUCUACCAAAGGAAGUGGUUCGUCUUCGCCUGAGACCCACAAGGUCUUCAUCUAUCCUUCACUCCGUGGAAGACUUGUCUACUGACAGCACCUGUGUUUAUAAGGCGAGAAGGAAUCUCAGCAGUAAAUCUUUAUACAUACGUCCGCCACCAAGUCGCCUGAUACCGUGCAAGCUGACGGAGCCAAUCACCAUCAAGCAGGAGGAAGUCCAGAAAGAAGAAGUUCAGAUCGAGAAGAAAGAGGCUGGCUGUGUCGAUAAAAUAUCUAGGUAUUUAGACGUUUCCCUACUAAAAUCAUGGCGAUUUGGUCUACUUUGUGCAUCAGUCGCUCUCAUGUCGUGUGGCUCUCCUUACGCAUUAUACUACCUCCCUGCCUACACUGUCGCCGCUGGACACAGUAAAUCUGCUGCCGGUCAUCUGGUAGCUAUCAGUGCUGUUCUGGACUUGUGUGGAAGACUGGGUCUUGGGUGGCUUUGUGAUCUCCAUCUAUUCUGUAGGAGAAAGGCUUACAUCGUCAGUAUACUGGUAGCUGGCAUAGCAGUGCUGACUCUGCCGAGCCUAAAAUCGUGGUGGGCGCUCGCCAUAGCCUCUGGUGCCUACGGCCUCUGUUUGGGUUGCUGGUUCCUCUUGGUGCCUGUUCUCCUAGCUGAUGCUUUUGGAACAGCCCGCAUAGCAUCCUCGUACGGCUUAGUCAGAAUGUUCCAGAGUUUAGCUGCUGUCUCCGUACCACCUACGGCUGGUCUCAUCCGUGACGUGACUGGUGGUUAUUCGUGGUGUUUCUACGGUAUGGGUUCCUGUAUGGUUCUAGGUUCGAUCCCCGUAAUAGCAUUCCAUCUGAGCACGAAAAACGAAGACUCCGACUCCUCCGUAGAUUGA